AUGGGUAAAGUAGAAGGGUGCAAGUGUCAAUUCAGGAUUUCAGUAACUAUUAAUUGGGUGGUUGUCCACUUAUUCUCAAUUGAACUUUCGUCGAUCAAUCGUCAUCUCUUCGAAUCUCUGGAGAGAUUUUACAAUUACUUUCUGAAAACGAAUUUACCCGCGGUAGAUCGAAUUGAAGUUCUGAUCUUUGAAAAGGAAAUCUGA